AUCAACUAGUGGAAUCUAGUGUCACUACAAAAUUGUAAAGAACACUCAUUCUGUAUUAUUAAAUGAAGCCAAUAAUUUUAAGAGGUCAUCACAGACCAUUAACGUGUGUUAAAACAAACAAACACGGUGAUUUACUAUUUACUUGCGGAAAGGACGCAGUUUUGGCACUUUGGAGAACAGAAAAUGGCCAGCAACUAGGUCGGUACAACUGUGGAAGGGGUGCCGUUUGGGGGUGUGACAUAACGUUUAAUUCGAAACUAUUGGUAGUGGCUUCAGGAGACUCGAAAGUCCUAAUUUUUGAUGCUGAGAGAGGGACUCUUCUGCUGGAAAUUUUAGAAGAAGGAUCUUGCAAAUAUGUCGAGUGGAACAAGAAUCCAGCAGGCCAGAAUAAAUUCGUAGUGUGCCACGACGACUUCGGAGAAUCUGUCAAGAUGGCCACUAAGGUCUAUGAAGUUAAAACUCGAAAGUCUCAAGACGGGAGCCUGGAACUUAAUUAUCGUAUCCUUUGGGUCCAAAGAGGAUACCGUAGCCGUUGCUUACAGUGCCACUGGGGACCACUUGACAAGACUGUUGUUACUGGUCACGAUGAUGGUGUUAUUAACGUCUGGAACGCUUACGAUGGAUCCCAUUUGAAGAGAUUGGAUGCCCACAAAUUAUCUGUAUCAUCGAUUUCUUUCGACCUCUACAGCCUCCUGAUGUUAUCUUGCUCGUCUGAUGGAACUGCUAAGUUGUGGGAGACUGCAACAUGGACCUGCGUUAAGAAUUACAAGACUGAUAGACCUCUCAACGCCUGUGAUAUUUCACCCGUAUUUAAUGUUGAGGACGGCAAAAAGGCCCAUAUUCUUCUUGGAGGAGGUCAGGAAGCUGACCAGGUCACAACUACUGCCGCCUCAGAGGGUAAAUUCCAGGCUCUAAUUUACAAUUUAAUUCACGAAGAGGAGAUUGGGAGUGUUAAAGGCCACUUUGGCCCCAUCAACACUUUGACGUUUUUGUCUGACGGUUCUGGCUACGUUAGCGGCGGAGAGGAUGGAUUUGUCAGGAUUUACCACUUUGAUCGUGACUACGUUCUAGAUAAAUAUGACUAGAACCACUAAAUUAUAAUAUUCUACUAUUAUG